GAUGGAAUUAUUCGUUGGUGCGAAGCGUUGAGACGAGGUUGCGUUGUGUUAUCAUAAAAUCGACAAAUUGACCGGCACACGGUCAUAUUGCUUAAUAAUCUCGCUCGAAGCGGGAUGAAAAAAUAAACAUAAAUCAAUCCACUUCAUCAGUCUAACUUCAGCUGUCCGUACUCAGACCUCAGUGUAGGCUAGUCGGACGCUGAUAGUUAUCAUCGCGGUGACAUCGGCCGGAUUCAAAAACUACCGUCAGGAAUAAUCAAGCAGGAUCAACAAACGAGUAAGGAAAUCGAAACAACUGAAUAAAUAUCGUCCGGAUUGACAAAGAGGAGCCGUGAUUACAAAUUCUGCCGUACUUCACCUUUGUGAGGUAUAUAUACGUAUAUAUAUAUAUAUAUAUAUAUAUAUAUAUAUACCUGAUAAAAUACGCGAUAACGUUGCCGAAUUGUGUACACCUUAUACCAACGAAAGCUGAGAAAGAGGCUCGCAGAUAAUACCUAUUAUUAUUUGCCAAUGAUAGUCUGAGGGGAGAGAAAACACAGCGAGAUAAGAAUACAAGAAGCUAGAAAAAAAAUACAGCUAAACAUUUUCUUGUACGGUUCCAUAUCCUGGCAGUGAUACACGCGAUUGGUGACGAAAGUGAAAGAGAAUGAAUAGCGUCAUAUAUUGACAAUCGGCAGGAAGAAGACAUCUCCACUUUUGGGCAUAUGAACAAAGAUCACGAGUUCACCUAGAACACCUUGUCUCCUACCGUAUGAAACGAAUCCGUGAUAUUCGAGAGGAAUAGAGAGAGCUGCUGGAAAACCUGCAAAAAGCAUCCGGAGAAGCAAUCGAGCAGAUUAGACGAGGAGAGAAUAAUAAGCCUACCAGACGCGACGCUGCACCGUAAAUGGCAACGCUGGGAGGAAACAUGGCAACCAUGUGUGCGGAGAAUUGUACCGAUGGAGGGAUUCUGUACGAGCUUAUGUCGGAGGAAAUCUGGGCACCAUGGAAUGCAGCCCUAAGCUACUUCGAAUACCAACCAUGGUUCUUCUCCCUUCUUGGAAGUCUGAUGGUCGGACUUUCAGGAAUUUUUCCCCUCCUCGUUAUACCGAUAGAUCACGGGGUCGAUUUGAAACACGGAGAGAGCUCAGGAACACUCAAUGUUUUAUUGAGUUUCGCAGUCGGAGGACUUCUGGGCGACGUUUUUUUGCAUCUACUACCAGAAGCAUGGGCAAACAAGGCGCUGAAUCAAUGGUCGAAAGAAGGUCACGCGUCGAUGGCAUGUGGCUUGUGGGUAUUGGCAGGGUUCCUGGUCUUCGUGAUCGCGGAAAAAAUAUUUGGUGGAUUAGCGCAUAACGGAGACGACGAGGAAGAUGAGGAGGACGAAGAGGAACAUGAAGUUGACGUUGACUUUGACGACAACAUGAGAUUGUCGGAAAGCAUAAACGCGGCCAAAAUAAGGCAGCUGGAAUUCUUGAAUAAUAACAACUUUCAAAAAGAAUUGGAGAACAACAAUUGUCUAAUGUCUAAUGGAAACGUGAAGAACGGCUGCGUGAGAUUAAGUGCCCAGAUGAUAAACGGUAUCCCGAAGGAUAUCUUUAGCCUAAACGGUGGUUGUUGCAACACGUCCAACAGCUGCAAAAACGAUCUGAACGCAAAAUUAUCGAACGGCUUUAUUUCGAACCUUUCAGAUCAUGCGAACUCUGUGAAAGACUCGGCAGAGUUAAAAAAUGGCGUCGUUACGAAGGGCAGUAACGGUUACGUGAAAAUGAUCGAUGAACCAAUGAAAAUCACCAAAAAUUCUUCUCGCGAAAUAAUUGCAGCUAAGAAAAUUGCUAAGAAAGAGAAAGCUAAACAUAUUUCUGGGUACCUGAAUCUAUUGGCCAAUUCAAUUGACAACUUUACCCACGGCUUAGCAGUCGGUGGGGCAUUUUUAGUUUCCUUCAGGCUCGGGGCUCUUACAACCCUAGCUAUUCUUGUUCAUGAAAUACCGCACGAAGUCGGAGAUUUCGCUAUUCUUUUAAGAAGCGGGUUCAAUCGGUGGGACGCGGCUAAAGCGCAGCUGCUAACAGCUGGAGGGGGAAUUUUUGGCGCUUUAGUUGCCGUGUUAUGCUCUGGAGGCGGUGUCGAGGCUAGAACAAGCUGGAUUUUACCGUUCACAGCAGGGGGCUUCCUUCACAUCGGUCUGGUUACUGUCUUACCUGAACUUCUCCAAGAAACGAACCCUAAAGAAUCCUUGAAACAACUAGCUGCUCUUCUACUUGGUAUUACGUUAAUGGCCUUUAUGACUGCGAUAUGUGAUUGAAUAUCAGAAGAUUUUUGAGUAAUUCAAGAAAUGAAGUUAAACAAGAAAUGAAGUUAAAAAGAAAGAAAAAAGCUAUACAAAAACCCAUAACGCCGCGCAGUGCGUAAUGCGCAAAGUAUAUGUGAAUGUAAUAAUUGCAGUUUUAAAAUGAUUGACUGAGCGAACUGUAAAGUUCGUCAAAAUUGGACUAAGAAUUAACACUUUAAUUUUUCUUUAUUCGUUUGUCAAGACUUUCGGUGGAAUUUCUUACAGAACUUGAUUUAGUUGAAAAUUGAUUAAUGAUAACAAUAAGUAUGCAGUAUAUGAUAAACAUGAAACCAAAAAAAGACAUCUAUUUUUUGAAAUCGCGCUUAAUCUCAUAUGAAUGGGAAAAUAAUUGAAUUAUAUUUAUUAGUCGUUAUUGUUAAUUAACCAUCAUAAUGAAAAGGAAAAACUGUUGACUUAUUCAUAGAAUGUACAUUUCUCCCCCCAUCCCGCAGAAAAUUUAUGCUCAAUGAAUCAAGGUGUAGGAAGUUUAUGUUCUACUUACUAGGUAUCGUGAGUUCAAAAUGUAAGUAUAAGCAGUAUUUGCCAUGUUAUACCUGUACCUAUGAUAUAUCGAUAGGCGUAGGGUGAGAGUAAAGAUAAAAUUGAAAGGCAUAGUAAACUGUAAGCUUAGGGUUUGUAAGAUUGUACUGUAUAAAAUAUAUUUUUAAGUUCCUAUAGAAUCGGUGUCAAAGAAUUUUUGCCGGUAUCUUUGAUCCUCAAUUAAAUAAUUUUGGAUUGAAUUUUGCUGAUUUUCUUGCACGGGAAAAUAUUGUAUGUGAUAUUAACUGAUUGUGAAUAAUGGCUUGAAAUUCAGAAAAUCAGUAGUAAUACCAACUUUUCCAGUCUAUUGAUGUAAACCCAAUAUAAUAAUUAUUGUACUUAAAAUAGUGAAAGUUAAUGAGAUUGGUUAUUUUGCUAUGUUAAUUACGAGUGCCUUUCUCCCCGGUAUGUAAAUACAGCACGAUUUUCUAAGCACAUUUUAUAAUGACCAUAAUAUAUCUAAUUCUGACCUGUUUACAUCUAAUCAUCGGGUUUUGUAAAUAAAAUAAUUAUUGUAUGUGAA